CGGCCGCUGCGGGAUGGCGCCGCCGCCGCUGCUGCGCGCCGUCAUCAUGGGCCCGCCGGGCUCCGGCAAGGGCACGAUCUCGGCGCGGAUCAUCAAGCACUUCGGCAUGAAGCACCUCUCUAGCGGAGAUAUGCUGAGGGACAACAUGCAGAAGAAGACAGAAGUUGGAAUCCUUGCCAAGUCCUACAUUGAUCAAGGAAGGCUUAUUCCAGAUGACAUCAUGACACGGCUGAUGCUGAAUGAGCUAAAAGGUCUAGAUCGAUACAACUGGCUGCUGGAUGGUUUCCCUAGAACAGUUGCUCAGGCACAAGCCCUGGAUAAAGAGUGUCAAAUAGACACUGUGAUUGACUUAGACGUACCAUUUGAAACCAUAAAAUGUCGUCUCACUGCACGUUGGAUCCACCCUAGUAGUGGCAGAGUCUACAACCUUGAAUUCAGUCCCCCCAAAGUGCAGGGCAUUGAUGACAUUACUGGAGAGCCCCUUGUUCAACGAGAUGAUGAUAAGCCAGAGACGGUUACCAAGAGGCUGCAGGCUUACGAUGCACAAACAAAACCUGUUCUAGAAUACUAUCGGGAAAAAGGGCUGUUGAAAUCCUUCUCUGGAACAGAAACUAAUAAAAUCUGGCCACAUAUCUAUGCUUUCCUCCAAACCAAGUUGCCGGAUGUGAGCCAGAAAGACACUGCCACUCCCAGGUGAAAUUAGGUCUAACUUCUGCUCACUGGUCAUAGCACACACACGAUUACACAAGAUUCAGCAAUCAAUAAUUACUCUUAAGUAGUGUACCAGACUGAUCAAUAAUUAAAGUCUACUGUUGUCCCUAAAUUACAUUAUGAUAAAACUAUGUCUUCUCUGGUUCUCUCUUCAACACUGUAUUUGUUUUUAAUUUUAAAAUAUGCCUGAUUUUCAUAAUAUAGUAAUUGACUUUAACAAAAGCAGAUACUCUUGUGUCUCUGUUAAUCAGAAAAUAAUCAUGUUUGGUAAUAAUAGUGAAGGAGAUACGUUUCAGAAUAUAGCAUACAGAGGAUUUUUGCUGAUUUAAUCAUUCACUAACUGCAGUGUGAAGCAGUGACAAAAGGUAUGGAAGGAAGUUUCUUGAAUGCUUGACUUGUGGCCUCCCAGAAGCUGUGAGGGACUGUGGCUGCAGGAAGCACAGGACAGUUUGGGUUGGAAGGGAUCUUCUAGCAGUCAUUUAGUUCAAGCUCUCUAACACGUAAGGACAUGUUUCAUUUUAUCAUUUAAAAUUCAUUUUAUCAUUAUAUUCAUUUUAUCAUUUUCAGGCUGCUGAAAGCUCUGCUCAUUCUGACUUUGAACACAGCUUCCUUGGCAACUUCUUUCAGUUGCUCAGCCUUUGUGGGGGGAAAAAAUAAAAAUUAUAUACAGUGGUAGCUUAAUCACAUAAAAUGAUAACUUUCCUUAGCUUUACUGGUUUUGCUGGGCUUAAGUUACCCUUGAGACUUAGUGGAUGAUUUGCCCUAUUGCUGUGGUUCUAUUUCUGCCUUUGGCUAUAUUAUUGGCAUGAAAAAUUUUGUAUGACUUACAAAUUCAUUUGGUAAAGCCUCUGUCUUUGAGCAGCUGUGCAAAGCUUCACUAGUAAAAAGAAAGCAGACA